GCGGGCGAUGGAGGGCGGGGGUUGACGGGGCAACACGGCGCAAAACGGAGGGCGACGGUUGCAGGGCGGCCAUUGUUUGGGGUUAUUUUUAUAUGUUUUUAAAUUGGUAUUUGCAUUUCUCGUUAGGUUGGUGGCUAUUGUUACAGGAAUAGAAAUAAGGAAAAAGGAGGGCUAGUAGAAUACAAUGGUCGUGUGCACCUUUUUGGGGGGUUUUAUAGCGUGCAAAAGUUGGCGUGUUCGGCAUCACCAGUGCAGCUCGCCUUUGACGCCCUUUUCCGCGUUAUUGCCUGCCGCUGGCGUUGUUGUUUCCUUAGAAGGAUCUGCGAAGCCCAGGUUUUUGAAUUCAUCUCUUGCCAUGAGAUUGCUGCUGCCUGUUAGCGCAAGUGUGAAAAGUAGCGAAUAUAAAAAAACGUACUUGUCCAUGCGGCACGAGAGAUAUGCCUUGGCCAGGUCACGGCACUCGUCCUUGUUGACGCCUCUGACCUUUUUCAUGCACGCUAGAUACGAUGUCAUGACGGUCUUGCACUCGCCUAUUUGAAUAUUAGCACACAGCAGACCAUGGAUGGCGACAUUGAGGCGCUGUCCUUACCAUCGUGGUCGAGAGGAAAGCUUCCCCUUUGCGGCCUGUAGCGCACCAUCAAUUAGCAUAUACCGCUGCACAUGCUCUCUGAAUUCACUUACGGAGUAGGCCGCGUUGACGGUAAUGUGCCGGGAGCUCCGAAUGUACUCAUGCUGGGCGAUGUUGGACGUCCGCUGUGGUGUCGUUUGCGAGAGAGUCUGUCUGCUGUCUGUCUGCCUUAUGGAGCCACCUCGUCUACAGGCUCUUUCUGGCGGCUGCUGGUGCUGGUACGACUGCUGUGGUGCGCCCUGUUACUUCGCUUGUCGCCUUGUUUUUUUUUCCUUUUGGCCUGAUUGACCCGCUGUAGUGCUGGAGCAAGAGAGGGAACCGGAAAGGAACUUGGCAGAUGGGGCCGCUGCUUUAAGAGCAAGCUUAAGCUUUUUGGUGGGUAUGCAGCGAAUGAAGCUGCCCAAUCCACGACAAAAGCCCUAAAGCAGCAGCACCACUAAACCGCUUUGGAGCGCCGCCACUUGUACCGCACAGGUAGUGAGUGCCCACCCGCCUGAGUGCCGUGUGCGGUUUCCUGCAGGGGCCGGGCCAGGCCAACACGUGAACUCAGUCCUACGUUACGGCCCUCCCCCCCCAAAAGCUUGAUUCUGGCGACGCGCAUCCCACGGUUCAUCGUCUUUGCAUUUCUCGCUGCAUCGGAUCUCGGGUUUUGCAUUUUCUCUCUGCAUCAGCUGUUGUCGGCAUCGUCUUGCUUGCUGCGCAUCCGGCCUCCUUCCCAUUGCACCCAUUGCGCUUUUGCAGAUGGUCUUGGCCUGCCCCUAAUCUUGUUCCCAUACAAAUCAUUGUCGUCAUGGCUGCCCUCGGAGAGGACUUGUUGUCCACUGUCAACAAGCUGCAAGACUUGGUCUUCAACACCAUUGGCAGCGAUUCGCUUGAUCUUCCUCAAAUUGUUGUCGUCGGUUCCCAGUCGGCCGGUAAAUCUUCCGUUCUCGAAAACAUUGUCGGCAGAGACUUUCUGCCUCGUGGCUCCGGCAUUGUCACCCGUCGUCCCCUCAUCCUCCAGCUGAUCAACGUCCCCGAUGACGAUGCUAUGCCCGACCCGGCGGCGCUGCCCUACGGCUCGCCCACAGCCGCCCGCCGCUCCGAAUGGGCCGAAUUCCACCACAUUCCCAACAGACGCUUCACAGACUUCUCCGACGUCAAGCGCGAGAUUGAGAACGAGACGGCCCGUGUUGCCGGUACCAACAAGGGCAUCAACCGCCAGCCCAUCAACCUGAAGAUCUACUCUCCCCACGUUCUUAAUCUGACACUAGUUGAUCUUCCCGGUUUGACCAAGGUUCCCAUUGGCGACCAGCCCACCGAUAUCGAGAAGCAGACCCGAAAUCUGAUCUCCGAGUACAUUGCCAAGCCCAACAGUAUCAUUCUCGCCGUCUCUCCCGCCAAUGUCGACAUUGUCAACUCGGAGGCGCUCAAGCUGGCCCGUCAUGUCGAUGCCCUCGGCCGCCGCACCAUUGGUGUCUUGACCAAGCUCGAUCUCAUGGACCACGGCACCAACGCCCUCGACAUUCUCUCUGGCAGAGUCUACCCCUUGAAGCUGGGCUUCAUUGGUGUAGUCAACCGAUCUCAGCAGGACAUCCAGGGCAACAAGCCCAUGGACGAGGCGCUACAGGCCGAAAAUGACUUCUUCAAGCACCACCCUGCCUACCGCAACAUUGCUAACCGCUGCGGUACCCAGUUCCUCGCCAAGACACUCAACACAACCCUCAUGGGUCACAUCCGCGAGAGACUGCCUGACAUCAAGGCUCGCCUCAACACCCUCAUGGGCCAGACCCAGCAGGAGCUUGCCAGCUACGGUGAUACUGCCUUUAGCGGCAAGGAGCACCGUGGAUCUCUUAUUUUGCAGCAAAUGACUCGAUUCGCCACGGCCUUUAUUUCGUCCAUUGACGGUACCUCGACCGAAAUCUCGACCAAGGAGCUCUGCGGUGGUGCUCGCAUCUACUACAUCUUCAACUCUGUUUUCGGCAGCUCGCUUGAGUCUAUCGACCCCACAUCGAACCUGACGGCCCUCGAUAUCCGCACAGCUAUCCGCAAUUCUACUGGACCUCGCCCUAGCUUGUUUGUUCCCGAGAUGGCCUUUGACUUGCUUGUCAAGCCUCAGAUUAAGCUUCUUGAGAUUCCCAGCCACCGCUGUGUUGAGCUUGUCUACGAAGAGCUCAUCAAGAUCUGCCACACUUGCGGCUCUACUGAACUGUCUCGCUACCCCAGACUCCAGGCCAAGCUCAUUGAGACUGUGUCCGAUCUGCUCCGCGAACGUCUUGGCCCUGCCUCGUCAUACGUUGAGUCGCUCAUUUCUAUCCAGCGCGCCUACAUCAACACCAACCACCCCAACUUCCUCGGUGCUGCUGCCGCCAUGAGCAACGUUGUCAGCGCCAAGCAGGAGCGUGAGCGCAAGCGUCUGAUCCAAGAAGAGCGUGAACGUCGCGAGCGCAAGCGCCUCAAGGAACUCGGAGCCAACGGCGAGGUUGAAGAGGGUGAGGAUGGCAGCACUGCUGUUGAAAAGGCUGAUGCCAAGGGUCACCACUCUAAGCACGCCCGCAGCCUCUCUCCCGCUGGCCUUAGCGAGCACGUUGGCAGUAUCGCCGCUGCCGUCAAUGGCCGCGCCAUGUCUCCCUCUGGUGUCAACGGACAGGGUCUCGGCGGCGCCAAGGAUACCUUCCUCAACUACUUCUUUGGAAAGGAUGGUCUCCAGCCCCCUGGUGCUCCCUUGCCCGCUUCGCCGAGCCGCCACAACGUCAACAACCACCUCGAGCCGAGCUUUUCGACUAGCUUCCGCCGCGAGGAGAAGCAGCUCCCCGUCCGCAGCCUUCACACCGACGACUACGACCCCACAAGCCGCAGCUACGGACUUGCCUCCCACCUCGGCGAAUCCAACGAGCCUGCCCUUACCGACCGCGAAGCCAUGGAAACCGAGCUCAUCCGCGCCCUCAUCUCGUCCUACUUCAACAUUGUCCGCGAGUCGAUUGCCGACCAGGUCCCCAAGGCCGUCAUGCACCUUCUCGUCAACCACUGCAAGGAUGUUGUGCAGAACCGUCUUGUCAGCGAGCUCUACAAGGAAUCGCUCUUUGAAGAGCUGUUGUACGAAGACGACGGCGUCAAGAAGGAGCGCGAGAAGUGCGAGCAGCUGCUGCAAACGUACCGCGAGGCCGCCAAGAUUAUCGGCGAGGUGCUGUAGAGAGAAAGGCACGACGUCUCUGUGUGUGUUAAUGAUAUGCUUCUCUCUCGUCUUGGUAUUUGGUUUCAGAUUUUUUAUUUUGGUAUGGUACGAUUUGCGGCGUUUCUCGGACUCUUGUCGUGUAUGAAGUGGUGGAAUGUAUAAAUAUGUAUACAGCAACAAAGAACACAACACAAGACAAAGAAUGUACAAAAGGAAAAAAGGAAGGAGAAGAAGGAGAAGUGGUAUAGAGAUGAUGCGCUCACCUCAUUUUGCCCCCUCUUGGGCGUGGCUAUCGGGAGACUUGUAUGAAAGAGAGUGUCACGAUGAAUGGAAACCCGACUCGAUUGAUUUUUGUGUUUUUAUACGUAUAUUCCUCCUAUUUCAUAUUACACUGUUUGAUUAUGGCGUGCUGCGGCUCUCAAUGUAUCGUCAAUAACUUGCAGCUUACUUUUGCGUAGCUUCUCCCAGUCUGUGAGCGGCAUAACCGGUCGUGGCAUGGCUAUUUCGAAUUGCACAAGAUUCUUCAUCCCGCGCAGCUCGUCUACCAUAUUGGCCAUUAACAGUGUCCAGUCUGACAGGUUGACAUAGUGAAUAUUCUUCCGACGCCGCACAGUGAGCUGCCGCAGCCCUGGCAGUCCCUCUCGCAGACUGGCGAGCAGCCCGAGCAUCAUACCCCCAGACGGAACCUGAAUAUAUACACUGUGUAUCCAGCGUCGACGGGUAAGUGGCGUAGUUGCGAUAAACUUUGCUAGAUGUGAGGGAUCGUCAAACGGAGCCUCGAAUGUGUUGAGCUCGUAUAGAUGGUGCUCGGCCUCGGCGGCCCGGCGACAUGUUGCUAGUAGAGAAAGGCUAGAAGGCGUACUGGGUGGUGAGCAGCGCAGACUUAUGGGCGAAGAAGAUAUUGUGUAGAGGUGCGUGUAUAUAUGUAGGCGGAUUUCAUAGGGUAGGCUGAAUAAUGGCGAUUGCAGCUGCGGGUUGACUGGCGAUGGCAUCGUGUAAGUGGACUUAGCACACAACCGAAGAAUGCCACGGUAGCUGUAAUACACGGUGUAAUUAACCACUAUGAAAGCGACAAAAACGCAAGAAUGAGAUGUAAAUGUAGACUACGGAUUCAAGAUAUUCUAUGAAAUCUAUGGUGUUGAGCGAGCGGGCGGUGGCUCAUGCAAAUACUUGCUCAGUAAUCUGCUCACAUGAUGGUGGUAUUGCAGACACACUGCUGAGUACAGUCCUUUUCGACAGUGUUUUCAUUUACAAUGCGACAGCAUACGUAGAUAAAACCAUCAAAGAAUACGGCAAGACUGCGUAAACCCAUAUUAGUCGCUGUCGCUGUCGCUGUCGGAAGAGGAGUCAGACGACGAGCUAUCAUCACUGGACGUCUCGUCGUCGGUGUCUGCCUCAUCAUCACUGUCUGAAUCAGACGACGAACUGUCUGACGACGAGCUGUCUGAAGAGCUCUCAUCCUCUUCGUUUACGAGGACCCCUGGGCCAGUUGAGCCCUCGCUCGCUGUGCUGACUUCGUCCUCCUCGUCUUCUGUUUCUACGUCGCUGCCGACCAGCUCGCCCAUGGAGUCUUCGUCGUUGUCGUUGGAUAAGCGGCGGCGUUUGCGGCGUCGCCCAGAAGAUGAUGUGUCGGAGAGCAUGACGGGUAACGCUUCUUCAAGGUCGCCGUUCAGCGAAGAGGAUAACUGUGGUAGAUAUGCCAUUUGUACGUGUGGGGGAUAUGCCUGUCCUUGCAUGGUGUGGGUGGAUGGUUAGUGCGGGAGAGACCAUACUAUUAAUAUUUAUGAUGCUGGGU